AUGAACAGCUCACUUGACCCGCUCGUGCUGGAACUCGGAGCGCGCUACGUCCGAUGCGGCAUCUCUGGCGAGCGUGCGCCCCGCUGUGUCGAGCGUUGGGAGAUGGCCGAAAUGCUACAGACGCCUUCUAGCGCUGCCAAGUGGCGACAGUUUCUGUACUUGAAGCUGCAUGCGGUCUGCUUUGAUUUGUUGCUCGUGAACCCAACGCGACGGCGUUUUGUAGUGUGUGAAGACCUUUUGAUGCCACGAGUGGUUCGCGAGACGUUGCUCAGUGUGCUCUUUGAUAUGCUUCAGGUCUCUUCAGUGACGCUAGUGCCAUCGAUGUUGGCAGUGCUGCAUACUACGGCCAAUCACACGGCGCUAGUGGUAGAUUGUGGAUGGUCGGAGACGCGGAUGCUGCCAGUGUUCAAGGGCAUUCCACUUUUGCACCUUUAUAAGUCUGUGCCUAUUGGAAGCCAAAACUGCUGCGAUGCUAUUCAACGAGGAGUGACCACCUUUUUGAGUCAGUCCACGGAGAAAAGCUUUGACUCUAACCUGCCAUUGGCUCAAGUUGCAGUAGAAGAUAUUCUCGAACGAGCGUGCUUCGUGCAACAAAUGGACGGGUUGUUGCAAAAUGUCGUCGACGCCAUGUUUCAGUACGGAGACAACAACGUGCUACAGGUUUCUGGGAGCUUGCGCACCGGUGCUGUGGAACAGCUUGUUUUGGGCGACGAAGACAGGGAUGGGAUGUCGAUAGUUGACGGAAUCGUGCAGACUGUAAAGGAGGCUCCGCUUGACGUGAGGGCAGCGCUAUUGGCGAAUAUGCUUUUUGUCGGGGGAACCGCGAUGAUUCCUGGUUUGGCCCAGCGUUUGAUCGCAGAAGUACGUAAGGCGCUACGUUUUGACAACGAAUCCACUUCAGCUGCAGUCACCAUUGACCAAGUGCAGCUCGUUCGGACGUUUUUCCCUCGCAACAUGCUUGCGUGGGUCGGAGGGUCAGUGUAUGCUGCCACAGACAUUGCACGUGCAUCGGCAAUUUCGUCGGAUGAAUACAGCAGCUCCAAAGGUACCUGUGUACCCGACUGGCUCAACGUGGCUAAAGAAUGA